UUUGAUGCGCACGUGGGGCCAGUGUGGCGGGUGGAGCGCAACCCUGGCUUUCUGAAGAACUUCCUGACAGUCGGCGACUGGACGGCGCGCGUGUGGAGUGAAGAGUGCCGCGAGUCCUCUGUGUUGUGGACGCCGCCCGCGCGCCACCGGAUCACUAACGGCACCUGGAGCCCCACGCGGGUGUCGCUGAUGCUGUUGACCCAGUACGACGGCAACCUUUCUAUCUGGGACUUGCUGCGGCGCCAGCACGAGCCCGUGCUCACCAUGCAGGUGUGCGAGGAACCGCUGGUGACGGUGCGCUCACACGAUACAGGUUCACUGCUCACAUGCGGCAGUCAGAAGGGGAACAUUUACUUGCUGGAACUGUCGCAGAACCUGGCCACGAGUGACAAGAACGAUAAGCUGCUGCUCACCGCGGUGUUGGAGCGGGAGAGCAAGCGCGAGCGCAUCCUGGAGGCGCGCCUGCGCGAGAUCCGUCUGAAGCAGCGGCAGGCGGAGGGCAGCCCGGUGCACUCCGUCAGCGACAUGGAAGCUACACUCGGCGACAGAGACCUGAACGAGGCGGCGCAGGAGUUUAUGCAGAUCACCCGCAAGGAGUUCGCUGCAUUGUAACGGCCACCUGAAACUCGAGUUUGUGAAUAUCCUGGUAUUCAGGGUAGGGAUAGCAGAUGUAUGUUAAUGUUUGUACCUCUGUCACGCAAAACCUGCUAAAAUUUGUCAAAGAGUUAG